UUUGACGUAGUCUCCCCUGGCAGCAGGUGGCACGAGGGGGCGGAGCCUCAGACUGACCUUCUCCUGGGACUGGAAAGAGGAUCAGAGAGGAGGAUAUAAGAGCAGGAGACACACAACAAGCGUGAAGAAGGAGGAGGACGCGGUGAGAUACCUGGCACAGAUCAAAAUGAACGCCGGCCCCCCAGCAUCGAGCGCCCUGGCCCCUGGUGCAACCACGGGCCCCACCACGCCCAAGAAGGGCCCGCCCAAGUUCAAGCAGAGGCAGACCCGCACGUUCAAGAGCAAGGCCCCCAAACCGGGCCAGAAGGGCUUUGGUGACGACAUCCCGGGCAUGGAGGGUCUGGGCACAGACAUCACGGUGGUCUGCCCCUGGGAGGCCUUCGGAGACAUGGAGCUCAGCGACCUGGCCAAAUACGGCAUCAUCUAACCCCCCUCUCGUCAUCUACCUCCUGCCAUUACCACUCAUACGUACUGUUGAUGACAAACCUUCAUGUCCUCCGUCUCUCCUCAAAAGUCUCUUUAAAUGUGUAAAUAUCUUUUUUACCUCCCUUCUUUUUACUACCAAGUUGGCAACAUCACUUGGACUCCAUCACCCAGUGGAGGAACCACCUUCUCCACCCACUUCCUGUCUUAGAGACCACCCGUGUGUGUGCGUGCGUGCGUGUGUGUGUGUGUGUGUGCGCGUGUGUGUGUGUGUGCAUGUGUGUUGCCAGCACAAACCCAACACAAUGUACUGUCAUAAUUAAACGGGUUUAUUUUCACAA